UCUCAGAAAGUACAUUUGGAUCUUGCGGUGGCUGAAGAACUUUGGGAACGAGACGACUGCUAAAGACUGCAACAUUGUAGUCGUCUAACUUCUUAAGUGAAACGCUUUAUUCUUAACGUUUUCUCCGUUUUUCAUCACAAUAUUCUACCGCAGUAUUUAACGGGUUAGAAACCACGACAACGCGUGAAAUCGCAGCCGGACACAGCUAAAAGAGUGUGUUGGCAUGGACCUAGGGUUCUACGAAGAUAUGCUUGCCGAGGCCAGCCAGUUUUUCGCGAAGGAAAAGAAGCCGUUUGGUGGCGUUAAACCACUGCUUAGUUUCAAGGCGGUGGUGCAGAGUGAGGAAUGGAGCGCUGAGUUUGACAAACUAAGUAAUGUGCUGAACCGUGAUCGCGAGGCAAGCCCACAACCUCGAUCGUCCAUCCAGAAAGUUCCAUCAAUGAGCGACCUAUCAGAUGACAGCAUUCUCGAUUUCCCCACGAGCCACCAGGUGCCCCCACUCACACCAGGGACCAAUCAGAAGAUGUCCCAAGUUCUCCUGGCGAGCUUCAAAAGUUUCGAAAAAGAACAACAGCGGAUGAACAUACCUAAAGACCCGAAACGUUGGAGUGAGGUACACGUGAACCAGUGGUUGAACUGGGCCGUCAAAGAGUUCAACCUUCAGGGUAUCACCAUGGAGAACUUCCUCGUCAAGGGAAGCGAGAUGUGCGAACUUCCCAAAGAGGUCUUCCUGACGCUGGCGCCACCUUUUAUGGGGGAUAUUCUUUGGGAACACUUGGAUGUGCUUCAGAAAGAGGUCGCCCAGGACAGCGCGUCAUUAUGCAACGUACCCAGUGAUUUCAGCGAUACUCAAGUUGUGAUUCCGGAAUUCACAAACGACACAUUUUAUAACGGCAAUCAAAACUACAUCCCUCCAGAUACGAAGCCACCGGUGACCUGUCCAACUCCACAGCCAUAUCUUGAAGGAAAUUAUCACAUGUCUCCCGAUACGAUUCCAAAGUGCGAACCUCUCCAGAACGGUUACGAUGAAGUCGAUUAUCAUACGCUAUCAGAACAAACUCAGAACGGUUACUACGACAACCAACACUCAGAAUUCUAUCCCAUAAUGCCAGAACAGAAAUAUCAGCCGCCAAGAAAGAUCGAAGCUGGUAAUUAUUUAGACCCCCACAGCCGUGAACAAUACUCCCACCAAUAUCACAUGGUACCGAACAUGACCAACGACCACUGGCCUCACCCGGAACUCAACGAAAGCUGGUCGAGUACAGAUCUCCGUGCAAGCCUGAAUGGUUGCUAUGGCAACGGAAUGCACAAUGGCGGCCUUAGCAACGACGCAAUGGUUGCCAACGACACAAAGCCUGUGAUACCUGCUGCUCAGCUGGCUGGCUACUCAGGUAUGUUCAAAGGGAGUGGUCCAAUACAGCUGUGGCAAUUUCUCCUCGAGCUUCUCACCGACAAACAAUGCCAACAUUUCGUCUGCUGGACUGGCGAUGGAUGGGAGUUCAAAUUAUCCGACCCUGACGAGGUCGCACGGCGUUGGGGCAUACGGAAAAACAAGCCGAAAAUGAACUACGAAAAACUGAGUCGAGGACUCCGAUAUUACUAUGACAAAAACAUUAUACACAAGACGGCGGGAAAACGCUACGUGUAUCGAUUCGUUUGCGAUUUGCAAAGCCUUCUGGGAUACACACCGGAGGACUUGUUCGCAGCUUGUGAUCUCACGCCACAGAGCGAUAAGGAGGACGAAUGAAGUGCAUUGUGGGAAUGUUGUUUGGUUGCCAUGGUUGCGGGAUCAGGUCCAGUUCGGAAGGUUUUUCGCGAAAGUGCCAUCUGUUGGUGACGAAUGUGAUAUCGGAGGUGUGUCUUGUAAAGUUGUUAGUUUUUCUGUUGGAGAUAACGAUCUCCGGUUGUCUAGCGUCCUUUGUUAACAGGACGCGCACAAUCACUGCCAGUGAAAAACGUGAAGCAAAAAGAUUGAAACCGUCUGACUCAGUGAUGCUGUUUUCAUCGAAGUCUUUUGGAACAAACAGCCACUUGGAACAAACUUCAGAGAGACAUGUCUGAAAAGGGACUGUGUCCAUCUCUCAAAGAGGCACAAUUCUGAAAACGGACUUUGUCCAACUCUCAAAGAGGCACAAUUCUGAAAACGGACUUUGUCCAACUCUCAGAGAGGCUUACAUUAUGUCUGGAAUGACUCUCAAAGAGGCAUUUUGUCUGAGAGAAAUAUGUCUGAAAAGGGACUUUUUUUAACUCUCAAAGAGGCAUAUGCCUGAAAAGGGACUCUGCCAGUGAGAAGUUUGUACAAAUUGUAAAUAUUUCACUAUUAUCAUGAUACGCACAAGGAGGUUAAGUCUGCGAGCUGAACUGUUAUUUCUGACGAUGUAUGUUACAUCAUGAACUAAAUUUUUGGUUCCAAUACCCCAUUGGGUAUCUUGGGCAAUAAUUUUUACGCCUGCCAUUGUGAAAUUUGUCUGCAAAUGAACAAAACGUGUUUAUCCAUUUUGAGUGUAGAAGCCAUAAAGCGCAUUUUAGCUGACUUAAAGGGGCACAAUUGGCAGGAGCUAUAAGGGGCCUAAAUUGGUUAUCAGGUGACUAUAGGCCUAAGGGACUGGGUCGUGUUUGAUUCAGCAUAAUGGAUUCCUUGUGCUCGUGUGAAUAGUUUCAUUGUACUAUCACACGAGAGGGACCCCUAUUGGUGACCUUGUGUAACCUAAUUUGUCCUACUUGGUUCCUGCCUACAUGUACAAGCUCCCUUAAAUAAUUUAAGUUCUGAUAAAUUUUCAGCCAUGCCUGCAUUUCUUAAGAAUUUUACUGAUAUUUUUCAACUUGAAGAUUUUGAAUGCGUUUUAUACAUAUAUGGAUGUUACAAAACUAAACGGUGCUCUCUUAAAAGUAUGGAUCCAUAUGAUGUACAUGUGAUACGUGACUCUCCUGCGGCCAUUGUGGUCACGAAUACUGCUGCAUGGAACAAGUUUUUCGUUAAGAAUUUGUAAUUUUGUAACAUUUUGUAUUUUUGUGAGUGAAAACGUUUUAUAAGGGUCAAUUAAUAGACAGUUAGUGUAAGAUAUGGGGAGAUUCCGGCGCAAUAUAGGGGCCUAGCAAACGGCUUUUUUUUAGUUUUUGGGAAUAUCAAUCACCCCAGGCUAUUUUAUAGUUUUAUAUAAGGAUUUGUGUUAUCUGGUAUAACACUUGGAGGGGAGGAAGGUGUUCAACGAUUGCAUGGUCAUCUUAGUUGAUUAUCUAGGGGGUCACUUGUGCUGUACCGAAUGUGCUCUUGAUGGGGGGGGGACCGACCAAGUAUAAAAUUCACAAUAGGUGUGAGUCUGAACUACUCAAUGUUUAGAAAUGUUAAAGCACCUAGUUUUUAAGCCCUAAGAUGAUAAAAGAAAUGACUGAGCCUUCAGCGUCUUGAGUAUGGGCACCAUUUUGGUUGAUGGAUUGUGGGACUUGAGAAUGUUUAUAUUAAACCUGAAGAGGUCAGCAUAAUUCUCGACAUUUGGGACCAGACUGGUUGUCCGUGUUAAUUGGUAUCCUGCUGGAAGGGGACCCGGCUGAACAAAAUGGUCUACUUUUACAAGACCCACUGAAAUGUUAAAAAAUUGGUGUGUAAAAGUAUGGUGCCUUGAAAAUUUGGACAUAAACAAAUCGCUGAGGGAGGGGAAGAAGAAAGGACUUUGUUGAGCAAAACAUAAAACAUGUACCACACUGUUCGUUUUUGUAUUGGGUCACAAUACUGCUGUACUGUAAAGAGUUUGAAUAAAUGCAAUCCCUGUUUUGUAAAUAGUCAAUUAUCUAAAACAAAAUUGUAGAUAAAAAUAAAUCUCUAUGUUUUCAUUCAGAAAUUGUUGUAUAUGUUGAUGCUUAUGAUAGUGCAAAAGUUUUGUAAUUUAGUUACUCAAGUUUUUUAGGUUGAAUUGUGAAUCAGCAUUGAAAAUGUUUUAUGAAAUUCGCUCCAGUUAAAAAAAGAAUGCCGGGAUUAUGAAAAUAGAAAUCUCCCAGUUGACUUGAAAUUCAGUGCUGGUCAUUCGAUAUUGAUGUAGGAAAAGUGGGCUCAAAAUCAUUUCGCCAUCAAAACUGGCUUGGGUAUAUAGAUUUGCCUCUUUUGGGUGCCUUUCAUUUAGCGGUGGAAUAAUACAGUUGACUUCAUAAGAAAAUGGCAUGUAGAUGGUUUCAAAUUGACCUGUAACAUACUCCCCACAGAUUACUGAUGGCAACAAAAAUGGUUUACUUUCCAAUUUUAUUUCAAAGUAUAAUGUAUAAUGUUCACAAAACAAAGACGUGUUGCUCUGUGACUCUGCUGGGGGUAUUCAUACUGUCAACCUUGAAACAUUUCCACCGUUUUAUUUUCACGAUUCACAAAAAUAAAAAAUUAUUAACUUCUAUUUUUGCGGAAAUUUCUCUGGUGGUUUUCUACAAAAAAUAUUUUUGUGAUUUUUUUCAUGCAAAAAUAAAACGUAAAUUUUUUUAGCAGUUUACUCUAUGAGAAAACUGUGGCAAGUGCAACAACCUUGGUUCCCGUUGUUAUUCGAGAUUAUGACUCAAAAUUGUUAAAGUCAUAUUGAUAUUUUUAACUUGCAUAUAUUCUGAUCAGGUAUAUUAUUAUUAUUAUUGGAUGACAGCAGGUCUUAUCUACGGCCGAAGUAUUCGUUUAUCCUACUGUUCAGGGAAUCCCUUGUCUUCGUCAAUAGGGAAAUCUCCCCUACGAAACUCUCAUCGAUUUUUACCAUGGUGAACUGCUCUAUUUACCAUGGUAAACUGUUCUAUUUACCAUGAUAAACUGCUCUAUUUACCAUAGUAAACUGCUCUAUUUACCAUGGUAAACUGCUCUAUUUACCACGGUAAACUGCUCUAUUUACCACGGUAAACUGCUCUAUUUACCACGGUAAACUGCUCUAUUUACCAUGAUAAACUGCUCUAUUUACCAUGGUAAACUGCUCUAUUUACCAUGGUAAACUGCUCUAUUUACCAUGGUAAUUGACAAGAAAUCACCAUUGUGAAUUUGGAAUGGUGAAGUCAUGAUUUACCAUGGUGAGCGUGGUGAGAUAAUCUUCACCAUGGUAAAGUCAACUUUACCACAGUGAAAUCCUAUUCACCAUGAUGAAUUCAGAUAUUGCAUGAACAUUUACCGUGGUAAAAUGGUUUCGU